UACUAGCUCAGACUGGAUUUCAAAUGUAGACAAAUCAGGGGAUAUCUGUAGUGAAUUCAAGGUAAGCAAAUACCUUUUUCAAUUGACAAUCAUGGCUCCAUACAGUUCAUUGCAUCCGAAGACCCAAGUGUGCUUUGAAGAAAAAACUGAAUUCUCUGCAAGUCAGCAUCUCUCUUAUGCAAGGAGCCAAUGGUUCAAACUCCCCGAGACUGCGAGCCACAGUGAGGUGUGGAGCAUCAAACCUCCAGAUUUCUCUCUUAAACUGUACAGAUCUCUGUCAGUUCAGAAGGAAGAAAGAAAGAAACAUUCAAAUCCAGCAGUAUCUCCAUCAAGUAAAACACAGACAAAAACUGUAGCAUUUCUACCAACGGUUUUACAUGAGAGUUUUCGGAAAGAAGAGUCUCCAAAGUUCAUCACAUCAUACAGGCCUCCCGAUUCUCUGGAAUCCGAGCUGAUGUUUGUCAAGACUGGGAAGUACCUUUGUGGGCCUUACAAGAACCCCAAACCACAUAACUUCCGACCGCUCAAUGAGGACCUUCCAGACAUAGUUACUACAUAUGAAAGAGAUCCUGGUAACCUGCAUUUAAAGUUGAAGCACUUGGACAUAAUUCAAAACACUACCACCAAGUCAGACCUGACUUCAAGGGGCACUAAGAAAGGGAUGGACACGUAUAAACCUGCCGAGCCAAGAUGGGAUGUGAAGCUCAUACUCCCUCCGCUGCUCUGGCCUCCAAAAUCAGCUUCCUAUACGAGGCACAGACGCAGAAGAGGAGCGUACAGUGCAUUCUUGGACCGAGUGGAAGAGAAACUCUCAAGAUCAUGGAAAAAUAGUCCCUAACUUAAUUUUUUAUACUUAUUUAAGAAACGAAUUUAUAUGUACAUUAUCCCUGAAACUGAAAAUGAUAAAAUACUUGGGACAUAUUCAGAUAUUCUUGUAGCUUUAAGGGUAUGGCAGGCGAAAUGCAGAGACUUUGGGGGUCAUAAAGGUCAUUAAACCACAUAAUUACGCCCACUGACCACGGACAGCUGCUCACUCGGUACCUCAAGAAUGAUAAACACGCGAAGCCUGCACAUGUCAGAAGCACAUCUGAAAUAGCUGAACAUAUGCGUUCAAGGAGUAAUCCGUGACUCUGGGCAUAACUCGCAGACUAAAUAUAAAAUGAAAAGAAUAUCAGUCACUGCAUUAAACCCCGUGACCCACACGCUGCCAUGUGUUUGUGUUAUUUUAAUCCUGUU